AUGUUCCAGCACAGCAAUAACAAGAAAUGCUUCACCAUAGAGUCUCUGGUCGGGAAGGAGGCGAUCAGCCACAGCGGCGGCGGCUCUGGGGACGAGCCCAUCCGGCCCACGGCGCUCAGGUUCCCGGAGUCUCUGCACCCCGCCGCCGCCGCCGGGGUCUUCGGCUCCUGCUUCCAGGGGAGCAGCGGGAGGACUUUGUACUCGGCCGGGCCGGACUUGGUGAUCCAGGAGCCCGGAACGCACGCGCAGAGCCCCGGCGGGCUGCCGCUGCACCCGCUGCAGAUCCCCCCGCAGAGCUUCUUCAGCCCGCAGCACCGGGACGCGCUCAACUUCUACCCCUGGGUGCUGCGGAGCCGGUACCUGGGACACCGCUUCCAAGGGGACGACAGCAGUCCAGAGAACCUGCUCCUCCACGGUCCGUUCUCCAGGAAACCCAAGAGGAUCCGGACGGCGUUCUCGCCGUCGCAGCUGCUCCGCCUGGAACGAGCCUUCGAGAAAAAUCACUACGUCGUCGGAGCAGAGAGGAAGCAGCUGGCCAGCGGGCUGUGUCUGACCGAGACGCAGGUGAAGGUUUGGUUUCAGAACCGCAGGACGAAGCACAAGCGUCAGAAGUUGGAGGAAGAGUCUCCUGAAGCUCAGCAGAAGAGGAAGGGCAGUCAGCAUGUGAACCGCUGGAGAGCAGCCACACAGCAGCCGGGAGGCGAGGACGUGGACGUCAUCAGCGACGACUAG